ACACCGCGGCGGUCUCGGUGACAGUUGAAAUUGAAAAGUGAUAUAUAGAAGUGUUAGUAAGAAGCGAAGCGAACGAGCGAUAAUUUUCCAAGUUUCGUGUAGUUUAUUUGUAAAAGGAGAAUACAAAAGAAACAAAAAUGGUGAAAGCUCCAGCAAUCGGUAUUGAUUUGGGAACGACCUACUCGUGUGUCGGUGUUUGGCAGCACGGGAAGGUGGAAAUCAUCGCCAACGAUCAAGGCAACAGGACGACUCCUAGUUAUGUGGCGUUUACCGAUACGGAACGUCUCAUCGGGGAUGCGGCGAAGAACCAGGUGGCGAUGAAUCCCGCUAACACCGUAUUCGACGCUAAACGACUGAUCGGAAGGAAAUACGAAGAUCCCAAAAUCCAACAAGAUCUCAAGCAUUGGCCGUUUAAAGUUGUCAACGACUCCGGUAAACCGAAAAUCCAGGUGGAAUAUAAGGGGGAGAUCAAGAGAUUCGCUCCCGAAGAAGUGAGUUCCAUGGUGUUGACGAAAAUGAAGGAGACUGCGGAGGCAUAUUUGGGAAUGCCCAUUAGAGAUGCAGUCGUUACCGUUCCGGCUUAUUUCAACGACUCCCAAAGGCAAGCGACAAAAGAUGCGGGCGUUAUCGCGGGACUAAAGGUUAUGAGAAUCAUAAACGAACCCACGGCAGCAGCCUUAGCUUACGGCCUCGAUAAAAACUUGAAAGGAGAGCGUAAUGUUUUGAUAUUCGAUUUGGGAGGAGGCACUUUCGACGUUUCCAUACUAACCAUCGAUGAAGGUUCGUUGUUCGAAGUAAGAGCUACGGCCGGUGACACACAUUUAGGAGGAGAGGACUUUGACAAUCGAUUAGUCAACCAUUUAGCAGACGAGUUCAAACGCAAAUACAGAAAAGAUUUGAAAACCAAUCCUCGAGCGUUGAGAAGAUUAAGGACUGCCGCGGAGCGAGCCAAGAGAACGUUAUCGUCCAGUACAGAAGCGUCUAUUGAAAUCGAUGCUUUGUUUGAGGGCGUGGACUUUUAUACCAAAGUUACUAGAGCUCGUUUUGAAGAACUUAACGCGGAUUUGUUCAGAGGAACUUUACAGCCAGUUGAGAAAGCUUUAACUGAUGCAAAAAUGGACAAGGGCUCUAUUCACGACAUAGUAUUAGUCGGCGGCUCCACGAGAAUUCCCAAAAUCCAGCAGCUUCUGCAGAAUUUCUUCAAUGGGAAACAGCUAAAUCUCUCCAUUAAUCCAGAUGAAGCUGUGGCUUACGGGGCUGCCGUCCAAGCAGCAGUAUUAAAUGGCGAGAAAGAUGAGAAGAUUCAGGAUGUGCUGUUAGUGGAUGUAACGCCUUUAUCAAUGGGUAUCGAAACUGCCGGUGGGGUUAUGACCAAAAUUAUUGAAAGAAAUGCCAGAAUACCAUGCAAACAAACUCAGACGUUCACAACGUAUUCCGAUAAUCAGCCUGCGGUGACUAUUCAAGUCUUCGAAGGGGAAAGGGCCAUGACGAAGGACAACAACCUUCUGGGUACCUUUGACCUAACCGGAAUUCCACCAGCUCCCAGAGGUGUCCCUAAGGUUGAAGUCACCUUUGAUUUGGACGCCAACGGAAUCCUAAACGUUUCCGCCAAGGAUACCAGCUCGGGCAAUUCCCGUAACAUCACCAUCAAAAACGACAAGGGCAGACUAUCCCAACAAGAUAUCGACCGAAUGUUGUCGGAGGCCGAGAUGUACAAAGAAGAAGAUGAGAAACAAAAACUCAAAGUGUCUGCCCGAAACCAAUUUGAAGCCUACAUUUUCCAACUGAAACAGGCUGUAAGUGAGUGCGGUGAUAAACUGAGCUCCGAGGACAAGUCCAGGGUGGAGCAAGAAUGCGCAGACGCGUUGAAGUGGCUCGACAGUAACACUCUGGCUGAGAAAGAAGAAUUCGAAGACAGACAGAAACAGCUCACUUCUGUCUGCAGCCCCAUAAUGGCCAAACUCUAUGGAGGCGGCAACCAGCAGAACUUUGGCCCGGGACCCUCGUCUGGUGGAAUGCCCGGUGGAUGUGGAAGACAAGCCGGUGGAUUCGGUGGACAACAAGGUGGACCGACAAUCGAGGAGGUCGAUUAAAAUGCUUAGAUACAAGCCUAAUACUGAUUUUACAGUGUAAAAGACUGAUUAUUUUAGUUUUGUAAAUAUAUUUUUUUAUUAUUUUUUGUACAUACUUUGAGCUAAAUAAAAUGGAA